GUCACUUGUAGGUAUGGUCUUCUCCUUACCAGUUUUAGGAGUGCUGGACUGGAGUAGAUUUAGGUUAGCUAUGGUUCACGUGAAUGAAGAAGAGUUUCCUUUGUGAGUUCUGGAUUGAACGUGCUGCAAAAAUAUUCCUGAAAUGUGACUCAGGACGUAUAAUCUUCAACAUAAAGCAAUCAUCACACUGUCAUGGUGGACUUCAUCUCUAUCUUUCUUACCUUUUGCACCAAAUACUGUACAAACCUAAUCGUGUAAGAAGAAAUCAGUGUUUGCACAGUAAUUAGUCUCGAUGAUGGGAGAGUUGAGAUUUAAGCACCUCUUUAGGAAGAGUUUUACUGAGUCUGAGGGUACUUUCCAGGUCGUGGUAAUAAUCUUCCUUUUGAGUCCAUGUUCCUUGGCGGUGGAUUAUAGGGCUGCACCACUUAUGCCAAAUGAGACUUUCCUUUGGGCUUGGAAUGUUCCAGCUGAAGCUUGUAUUGGAAGUGUUAAUCACUCAUUGGAUAUGAGUUUCUUCUCUUUAACUGGAAGUCCCCGGAAAAAUGCCACAGGGCAGGCUGUCACAAUAUUCUAUAUUGACCGACUUGGAAAGUAUCCGCAUAUAGACGAGAAACAAAGGGAAGUGUUUGGAGGAGUACCUCAGGCGGGGAAUUUUCAGGAGCAUUUGGACAAAGCUAAGACUGACAUCAAGCAUUACAUUCCAGUAGACCAACUGGGCCUAGCUGUCAUUGACUGGGAAGAAUGGAGGCCCACCUGGGAACGAAACUGGACACCAAAGGACAUUUAUAAGAAUAAGUCUAUUCAGUUGAUACGGACCCAAAAUCCAGGUAUGAACAUUGCACAAGCCAACAUAAAAGCCAAAGAACAAUUUGAAUCGGCAGGAAGAAAGUAUAUGGAAGAGACAUUAAAAUUGGGGAAAAAACUUCGACCAAAAUACUUCUGGGGUUUUUUUCUUUUUCCUGAUUGCUAUAAUUAUCAAAAUUACCUAGAUCCAGGAUACAAAGGAAAGUGUCCUAAUAUAGAAAUAGAGAGAAAUAAUAAUCUUGGCUGGAUAUGGAAAGAAAGCACAGCUCUUUACCCAGCAACCUAUCUGAAGAGAGAAUUGAAAUCAUCGCCAAAUGCAAAACUCUUCAACCGCUACCGUGUAGUGGAAGGCAUCAGGAUGUCUAAAGUGCGUGAGGAAAAAAAUCCACUUCCUGUUUUUCUGUACACACGUGUUGUUUUCUCUGAUCGGAUAUGGGAGUUCCUUUCUCUUAAUGACCUUGUGAACACUAUUGGUGAAGCUGUUGCUCUGGGGACCAGUGGAGUUGUAAUAUGGGAUUCUAUAUCUAUAGCACAACGUGUACAGACAGGUUGUCCAGCCCUACACAAAUACGCGAACUCUAUCCUGUAUCCAUACAUAAUCAACGUCACCCUAGCAGCCAAAAUGUGCAGUCAAACACUUUGCAACCAUCGAGGCAUCUGUACAAGGAAAGACAAGAAUUCAAAUCACUAUAUUCAGUUGAAUCCGAAGAACUUAGAAAUUAUUUCGAAAAAUGAGAAGUUCGAAGUGGUUGGCAACCCUAGAGUUGGCGACCUGAAGUACUUUUCUGAGCAUUUUAAAUGCACCUGUUAUACCAACAUGAACUGUAAGGAGAGACCUGAUAUUGAAAGGGUGGAAAAUGUUAAUGUGUGCACUCGCAACAAUAUUUGUAUAAAGACCCACGUAGAUCCUGACCGAGCGUUCUAUCUCCUACCUGGAAAAAACCUUCUUUUUUUCACCACUGUCACUCACAUGCUCUGUCAUCUGCUCUAGGGGCCUCUGAAUUUCCUAGGGCAGGUAUCAGUGGGUGUCCCUUAGUUAUAUCUGCUCCUAGCAUUUGAAAUAUUUGUUAUAGUCU